AUGUCCAACGGACUCCAUUUGCAGCCUGCAGGACGCUGUAGGUUGGAUGGCGGGUUGGGCCCUGCGACGGGCGUGUCGGUAGACUGCUCUAGGGUUUAUGGACCGGGGGGCGCGCAACCAGACCACCUCCACGUGGUGCGCCCUGGGCUGUCUGCUUCGCGGCAGACAGGCGAAGAGUCUGAGUCCAAGUCUUUGUCGCAAGGCCAGCAUGCUGUGCUUGUCUGGGCAUCUCCUUUUUCUGCCCACUUUCUUAGACCUGCAGAACUGUCUAUCGAGCUCGUUGUCUUGUCUUGUCUCGUUUGUCUUGUCUUGUCUCGUUUGUCUUGUCUUGUCUCGUUUGUCUUGUCUUGGCAAGUGCGCCACCAAAUUGAAACAUCUGCAUUCAAACCAUCAAAGCAACAGCCUCUUGCAGAACGAUCAAACUCUAUUUCGACCAUUCCAUCGCAACAACAUGCAUAA